UUUCUUUCCUUGAAGGAAGACAAAAUUCAACAUAUCCUGACAUAUCGUCAUGUUAAUUCCUUGGUUUCUUAGCCUUUUCAUAGGCGUAGUAUGGGGGUUGCCAUCUAUGAGAGACAGUCUGACCAAUCCUGUGCGCGCUUUCGAAGGGGAAGAUGCGCUCAUCACCUGCGUGGUGAGAGAUAUUGGAACCAACACUGUUAUGUGGAAGAAGGAAGAUGGUGAACGACAUAGCACGAGGGUUUUGACAGCUUCUGAUAACAGGGUGACAGCUGACAAGAGAUUUAGCGUUUUACAUGAUUCAAGUACUAAUGAUGAUGGUAGUACUGAAGUACCAACCGGUGGAGAUGUCUGGGUUUUGGUAGUCAAAAACGUCAAAGCAACGGAUUCUGGUAUUUACGUUUGCGAAGUAAACAGCAAUCCCAUUGUCAGAAGCUUCCAUAAACUCAGUGUACUGUCCAGGGCGAUUACUGCGAACCCUACCGAUGUCAUCAUCUACGAAGAUCCCAAACCCACAUCGGGCUUCAUGAAGAAUCACAAUUACACCGACUGCUGUAUUGCUCAAAACGUUUCAACGGGGUGUCUUGGAUUUUGUAACAUACAAAGCAUUUUAGAAGGUAGCACAGGUCAAGAUCCCGAAAACUGUGAGCACGACUUUCCGUCAAUUGUCAGGUGUAUGGCUGAUGGAAGAAACCACGUACCAUGUUGCAUUCACGAGAGAGUACCUGACAUAUGUCAAGAUGUUUGCAGAGGCGAAUACACUGCUAUCACUGAGAAUAUCAAAACACAUUUUUCAUGCUCUGCUUAUACCGAACAAACCUUGGCUUGUAUCAUGGAAGGAAUAGAAAUAUUACCUGGUCCCCCUCAAAACGUCGAGGUUGAACCAAUGACAGAACAGUCUCUUAGGAUUGAAUGGACGUUACCUCAUGCCAAUGCCGAGACUAUAACAGAAUACACAGUAAACGUCACAGCUUUGAGGACUUUCGACGAAACAUCCGAAGAAGAACCUUUAAUGAACAACCAAUCCAUUCUUAUUAAGAUACCUAGUCAUGAAAAUUCUACAAUUGUUCAAGAACUGCAACCUUACACAAUGUACGAAGUGUCAGUAACAGCUCAUAACAUCAUUGGCUCUUCUUUACCAAGUUAUUUCGUAAGAACAUUGACUUUAGCUCCAGGAAAAGUUAUGGAAACUAUUAAUGGAAAGGUUCCUCCACUACCUGACAUCCGAAGUUGCUGUAUUAACAAAGGAAUUGGACACAAAACUUGUCUAGAUAAACUGUGCGAUCCACUUGAGGCAGAUAAAGUUGAGAUAACGGAUUUGAUGAUUUGCGCUCCAUGGGCUCAAGAUACCUUUAGUUGUCUUACUAACGGCAUUGAUCAUACCCCUUGUUGCAAAGCUAAAGGUCUUCCAGAUAUCUGCCAACAACUGUGCAAUGGAAGUGUUUCCAGUAUCGACUUCAACCACUUCAAGUGUCUCCGAUAUAUGGGAGAGUACAACAACUGUCUUCUACAAGGCUAUGGAGUACUACCCAGUGCACCUACUCAAGUGCAUAUCACCAACGUAGCCAGCGAGUAUGCCUUGCUUCAUUGGUCAUCACCUAAGACUCUUGGUGAUACAGUAAGGAGUUAUAAUAUUCACAUUAGAAAAGUGAACACAGGAGAUGAAGAGGAAGAGUCAGAAUAUCAUGUUAUAACAAAAGCACGAAGCCCUUACGUUUUAGAAAACCUGGACAGUGUUACUGAUUACGAAGUCUACCUAGAAGCUGUGAACGUGCACGGGAUCGGUAACCCGAGUCCCAGGUUGAUUUUCCGCACUGGCAGUAAGAUUGAAGAAGAAGAGAUUGAAGAGGCCUCUGUAUACAAUGUCACAGCCUGCUGCGUAGAAGCCAAUCUAAACAGCGCAUGCCUGCCUUUAUGUACUUAUGACGCUAACAUGAACGACAUCAAACGGUUAGCUAUGUGUGGAUCAGAAUUCCAUACAAUCUUACGAUGUGCAGCUGGAGGUAGAAACCACGGAGGUUGCUGUAGCAGAAGAGGAGUACCGUCAGCCUGUCUUCCUUUAUGCUCAGGUGUAAUCGUGGGUUCUCUCAGAAGUACCGCAGCUACUUGUGUGACUUAUAUCGGAAACAUUGUUCAGUGUUUUGAAGAAGGCACAGAAAAGCUUCCAGGACCGGUGACGUCACUCCACGCAGUCUCAGCUGAUUCUACCACCUUGGUUCUGGAAUGGUCCCCGCCUGACGAUGGUGCUAACGUCACUGAUUACGUCAUAUACUACCAGAAAGUCGACAAUACCUCUAUGCACGAAACGCUUUUAAAAUUAGACAAACAGGAAACUACUGGUGGAAACUAUUAUGCUUUAACAAAACUGGACCCUUUUGGCACCUACCAAGUGUUUGUAGUAGCACGUAACGAGUAUGGUACUUCACUACCUUCGUCCAUUGUGUUGGUGAAACUGUCAAAUUGGAAUGAAAGUGAAUGGGUUAACGCCGUGGUAUCCCCUCCACACUCUCUGGUAGUGGCAAGUCACAGCGCCACAUGGGUUACCAUCUCGUGGCAACCUCCUGAGUUCAGUCAUCCCUCAGAAAGAAUCAACUACAGAUUGUAUUAUAAAUCAAACUCUGAUGAGACGUACCAGAUCAAGAACAGCUCUAUAACAUCUUACAUGAUCCAAAACUUGAAGCCCAACACUCAGUAUAUCAUUUACGUAGAAGCUGUGAGCGAUAAAGGUGUCAGUAUGCCCUCAGAAACUCUGAUCGCAUGGACAGAUCCUGCGUAUCCAGCAUUCGUAGAGCCUCCAACUGUGCAUCCCAUCAACCUGGUCAUUGAAGGAAGCAGCAUGACCAUCUUGUGCAUAGCAAUGGGCAAUCCAAUGCCAACAAUAUCCCUCUACAUUUCUGGACGGUUAGUUAGACAGGACACAACGAGACAUAUGGUGACAGUGAUUCAUAACGUUACAAGGGACAUGGACCAAAUAUCUUGUUAUGCUGACAAUGGAUAUGGUACACCAAUGCAAGCUUCAAGAAGAAUCACCAUUAGUCACAAACCAACAAUUCAGGCCAGUGGAAUCACUAUGGCGACCAUAGGCGAUUCGGUAACUCUAGAAUGCAAGGUGGAGGCAACUCCGGAACCCAAGAUGAUCUUCUGGAGGAAUCACGAGGACAGAACUCCUGUGAUACAAGGCGGAAAGUACGAUAUCAACAUCGUGAAUGCUAAAGGCGAAGAUGACAAGUACUACAUGCACCUCACCAUCAAACAAAUAACAGAGGUUGAUGUGGGAGAGUACUACUGUCAUGCGGAGAAUGCUUUCGGUACCGCGACUCAACCAGUGUCAGUGAGAAUCAGGAAAAUGGCCCCAGUCAGUAAUGUUACUCAGUGUUGUCUGGAACAAAACGUUACAUCAACUUGCAUGGAUGCGUGCUCAUUCCAUCUGGACAUUGAUGCAGUUAUUGAUAAACCUGAAUGCAUUAAGGAUUUCGACAAACUGAUGAAAUGUGGAUCAGACGGUUCCGAUCAUAGAAACUGCUGUGCACAAGCAAAUGUACCACGAAAAUGUCUGGACUGGUGUAGAGGAGAACCGCUUCUGAACAAUCUAGUAUGCGUCCUAUCUUAUACAAAACACAUCACAAGUUGCUUCCAUGAAUUAAGAGAUAAGUUACCAGGUCCACCACAGAACAUCAGAGUGGAAUUCAUUGAUGCUCACUCUGUAUACAUCCUAUGGGAUCCUCCACUAAAGAACCCUCAUACUGUCGAAAUGUACAGAGUGUUCUGGAGACCGGUAGAUUCAAAGAACAAAUCUAGUCAAAAGGGAGAUACCCCCGAUACCAAAUUAAGGAUAAGUGAAUUAAAAGAUGGUACUACUUAUGAAGCGGUGGUCAAAGCUGGCAACAGCAAGGGUACCUCAACUCUAGGAACCUCCAUCAAAUUCACCAUGGGUGAGAAGUCGUUGUACAUCACGCCCGCAGCAAGUCAAAGUGAAGAAAGCAGCAAUGUGGGUGUUGCGGUAGCUGUGGUGCUUGCUCUGGUUGUUGUAGCUGCACUGGUAGCUGCAGCAGUCUGGUUUAUAAGAACCAAGAAAAUGUUGGGAGUUAAAGGUUCAGGGGGAAUAGCCUUUGAGAAUCCUAGUUAUUUGAGGGAGGUCAACAUGGACCAUGUUCAGAUUUCUAAUGGUCAGGAAAGUACUACUAGUUCAUUAAACGGUUCAGCAAAUGGUAGUAUCUCAGUUUCCAGUACAUCAGGAGGUCAAGGAUGGAAAAAUGAACAGCUGCAUGUUCCAGCAACUCAGGAAGUAAACCCCACAUUGUACGAAGAGCUAAAGUUAGGUCAAGAUGGAGCAGGUUUCAAACGACUAAAGCCCUAGUAUGAGGGCGCCAAAUCCAAGGCAGGUCAGGAAUCAAAGUUUUGAAGCCCAGGCCUUUUUUUGUGAUAGCCCUAGAAUGGUUCUAGACCUAGAGUGUAGUGCCCCCUGUACACAUCACUUUUUUUACACCCCUUAUAUAAACUUUAGUAAAAGAUCUAAAGGACUACAAAAAAAACAAGAAAAAGGAACAAAGAAUGAACAAAAAAAAAGGUGAAAAGAUAAAUAUGUGAAAACAGAAUGAAAAAUGAUAUUUUUAUUUCUGUAUAAAAAAAUAUUAAUAAUGGUUAGUACCAGGGUAUUGUACAUAUAUUAUGUUAUGUUAUUUUAUUUGUUGGCAAUACCUCAAUUAUUAUUAUAUUUACCCGAUAAUAAGUCAACUUAGCUUAAUUUAAUACAGGGUGUUUAAGAAAUUGGGACACAUAUGGGGGGAAAAUAUUAUUUUUAAGUUUUUCAGAAUUUUUAAUUCUUGGGAAAAAAAGGGUCAAAAUUUAAGUAUGUCAUAUUUCAUAUACAGAAAAAAAAUUAAAACAAUGAAAAUGAAACUAUUUUUUAUAAAAAAAAACUUUUUUUAACUAUUUUCCCAUAAUUGUCCAUAUUUCUUGAUCACCCUGUACAUGGUGUUCUCGAUGUUGGGACACCCUGUACAAUUAGUUUUAAUGGAAUUGUUUUAAUUUCUUAAAUGUGAUUUAAUAUAGAGAAAAUAUAACAGUAUCAAAUACAUCAUAGUGUGUAAGAAACAAGUUUCAUGAAUGUAAAUCUAAUACAAAAAAAAACGGCGUCGGAGUUGGCUUGGAAAUGAAGAUCGAUGUCAUUUUGUAUGUAAAAUUAUAUGGAAUUUAAUGUCGUCGGUCGUCAUUUCCAAGCUAACUAGACACCGUUUUUUUUUCGAUCGUACGUUUUUUUGUGAUUUGUUUCUACAUACAGUGAUGACUUUUUUAUUUGUUAUAAUUAAGUAAAAGGCAUUAGAAUUGAAUUGAAUUCAAGGCCUAGAAUAUGAACUAAAAUAAAGGAAAUUUUUGUAUAAAGUACUCAUAGAGCUAUUUUUAAGUAUUUGUAAAGGUAGUACUCAAAUGUUAGACUAUUAGAAAAAAUCAUUGACUGAGUGUUGAGGUAAAAGAUUUAGCGAAAUAAAAAUAAAGAGCUAUCAUCAGUAAAAUAUCAACAUUGGACUAAUAUUGAAAUUAAUAAUAAAAAACUUGUAUCGAACAAAUAAAACAGAAUUAAACAUAGACAUGCGUCGUAUUGGUGUACAGUACGACAUAUUUAAUGUGCCUUUAUGUCAAAUUUCGUUAUUAUUAAGGAACCUUCUUACUGUUAGACGUAACCUCUUUGUAUAUAACUUUUUAAACGAACAGAAGUUGUAAGAUAUAUCGAGAAAUAAAUGGAGUAGAAAAUAUAUAGAAUUAAAUAAAUUAUAUUCGAGACAACAA